UAUUUGUUUAUACACAGGAUAAGCAUACCAUACUUUAUGUAACUUGCAAGGAGCUUCAAAAUUUACCUCAAAUACCGAUCCUAUCCUAUCCCUCAAAGCAAGUCAUCUACUUUAGCGUAGUAUUACGUAUUUAUACGUACUGUCAUAAGCUGCUUUAAAUUUGAAGUUUGGACCUUGUAUAAGACAGUCAUACCCUACCCUACUUAGCACUUGUGACUGCUAAAGGAUAUACAACUAGAAACAUUGUACUGUGAUUUUGACACAAACCCAUACCAUGUCUGCCGCCGCAUUCACUAUCUCCAAGAAGAGAAAGUUCGUCGCUGAUGGUGUUUUCUACGCCGAGUUGAACGAGUUCUUCACUCGUGAGCUUUCCGAGGAGGGCUACUCCGGCUGUGAAGUCCGUGUCACUCCUGCCCGUUCGGAGAUCAUCGUCCGUGCCACUCACACCCAGGAUGUUCUUGGAGAAAAGGGACGCAGAAUCCGUGAACUUACCGCUUUGGUCCAAAAGCGCUUCAAGUUCGCUGAGAACACCGUUGAAUUGUAUGCUGAGAAGGUUCAAAAUCGUGGUCUCUGUGCCGUCGCUCAAUGCGAAUCCCUUCGUUACAAGCUUUUGGCUGGUUUGGCUGUUCGCCGUGCUGCCUAUGGUGUUCUUCGUUACGUUAUGGAGGCUGGUGCUAAGGGUUGUGAAGUCGUCAUCUCUGGUAAGCUUCGUGCUGCUCGUGCUAAGUCCAUGAAGUUCGCUGAUGGUUUCAUGAUUCACUCCGGUCAACCCGCCGUUGACUUCAUUGACGCUGCUACUCGUUCCGUUCUUCUUCGUCAAGGUGUUUUGGGUGUCAAGGUUAAGAUUAUGUUGCCUGAACCCAAGACCCGCACUAAGAAGUCUCUUCCUGACGCUGUUGUCGUCUUGGAUCCCAAGGAAGAGGAACCUAUCACUAAGCCUUACACUGUCAUCAACCAACCUGCUGAGGCUGCUGCUGCUGCCGGCCAAGAGGUUGUUGCUGACCAAGAAGCUGCUGUUGCCUAUUAAGAUGUACAUGGGUUAGUGGCACUUAAUUCCAUAUAAAAAUGAAAUUGGUUUGAUAUUAUGGAUUCAGGAAGGUGUUGUAUUGUAAGUCGCAAUGUAGCAAGGAUAGUAAAUAUUUGGUUGACGGCUCUUUUCAUCUGUUUGAAAAUUAGUCUAUGGUAUAUGAAUGGAUUUGUCUAGAUAUGUCUUAAAAUAGUGAGUAUCGGAA